UUCCAAAUAUGUCUCUGCUUCAUGGAACCACAGAAUCUAACCAGUGUCUCAGAAUUCAUCCUCUUAGGGUUCACAGCUGACCCAGAACUACAAGCCCUCCUAUUUGGGGUGUUUUUGUCCAUGUACCUAGUCUCCAUUCUGGGGAACUUACUCAUCAUGUUGACUGUGAGCUCUGACUGCCACCUCCAUAACCCCAUGUACUUCUUUCUUUUCAACCUGUCCUUGGCUGACAUUGGUUUCACCUCUACCACAGUCCCAAAGAUGCUUAUGGAUAUCCACAUUCAUGGAGGAGUAAUCUCCUAUACAGGCUGCCUGAUUCAGUUGUCCUUUUUCAGUCUUUUUGCAUGUUUGGAAAGUCUGAUUCUGACUGUGAUGGCCUAUGACAGGUUUGUGGCAAUCUGUCAUCCUCUCCACUAUCAAGUUAUCAUGAAACCCUGGCUAUGUGGCCUACUGGUUCUGCUUUCUUUUAUCAUCAGCAUUUUGGACUCCCAGCUACAGUUCUUAAUGGUAUCACAGCUAAUAUUCUGCUCAGAUGUGGAGAUUCCUCAUUUCUUCUGUGACCUUCCUCAGCUCCUCAAACUUGCUUGUUCUGAUGCCUCCUUCAGUAACAUAUUAUUACAUUUUACUGUUGCCAUCUUUGCUGGAAUUCCAGUCUCACUGAUCAUUUUCUCUUAUACCCAAAUAGUUUCCUCCAUUCUGACAGUCCCAUCUUCAGGUGGGAAGUAUAAAGCCUUUGCCACCUGUGGCUCUCACCUGUCAGUUGUUUGCUUGUUUUAUGGAACAGGCAUGGGAGUGUACCUGAGUUCAGCCUACUCACAUUCACCCAGGAACACUAUUGUGGCCUCAGUGAUGUAUAUGCUGGUUGCCCCCACACUGAACCCCUUCAUCUACAGCCUGAGGAACAGGGACAUCAAACAGGCCCUGGGGUCAAUCCUCAGAGGAACACCCUCUUUCCAAGUAGGGUGA